GGGCGGGGCCGACGUGGGCGUGGCCGCCUCCGCCCCGCCCUCGGACGCCUCUGAAAAGCGGUGUGGAUAACGCCAGCAGGAAAGGCCUCCACGCGGGUAGUUCCGCUCCGAGGGCGGAAGUGCGCGCCCAGGUCUCGGCCGCGGCACAGCUAGCAACAUGGUAGCGCCAGUGUUGGAGGUAACCCACGUGUUUUGCUGCCCAAACCGAGUGCGGGGAGCCCUGAGCUGGAGCUCCGGGCCCGGGGGACUUUUGGCCUUCGGCACAUCCUGUUCCGUGGUGCUCUAUGACCCUCAGGAAAGGGUUGUCAUCACCAACCUGAAUGGUCACACUGCUCGGGUCAAUUGCAUACAGUGGAUUUGUAAACAAGAUGGUUCUCCUUCUACUGAAUUAGUUUCUGGAGGAUCUGAUAAUCAAGUGAUUCACUGGGAAAUAGAGAAUAAUCAGCUUUUAAAAGCAGUCCAUCUCCAAGGCCACGAAGGACCUGUCUAUGCGGUGCAUGCUCUUUACCAGAAGAGGGCACCAGGUGUCGCCUUACAUACACUGAUAGUGUCUGCAGCUUCCGAUUCUACAGUUCGAGUCUGGUCUAAAAACAGUUCAGAAGUAACAUGCCUUCAGACGUUGAACUUUGGAAAUGGAUUCACUCUGGCUCUCUGCUUGUCUUAUUUGCCUAGUACUGAUGUACCAGUAUUAGCAUGUGGCGAUGAUGACUGCAAAAUUCACUUAUUUGUUCAACAAAACGACCAGUUUCAGAAAGUGCAUUUUCUCUGUGGGCAUGAGGACUGGAUAAGAGGCGUGGAAUGGGCAACCUUCGGUAGAGACCUUUUUCUAGCAAGCUGCUCACAAGAUUGCCUGAUACGAAUAUGGAGGCUGUAUAUAAAAUCAACGUCUUUAGAAACUCAAGAUGAUGAUAAUAUAAAACUGAAGGAAAAUACUUUUACAAUAGAAAAUGAUGGUAUUACAGUAGCUUUGGCAGUCACUCUGGAGACUGUGCUGGCUGGUCAUGAAAACUGGGUAAAUGCAGUUCAUUGGCAGCCUCCAUUCUACAAAGAUGGUCUUCUGCAGCAGCCAAUGAGAUUGCUGUCCGCUUCCAUGGAUAAAACCAUGAUUCUCUGGGCUCCAGAUGAAGAGUCUGGAGUUUGGCUAGAACAGGUUCGAGUAGGUGAAGUAGGUGGAAAUACUCUGGGAUUUUAUGAUUGCCAGUUCAAUGAAGAUGGCUCCAUGAUCAUUGCUCAUGCUUUCCAUGGAGCACUGCACCUUUGGAAACAGAAUACGGCUAACCCAAGAGAGUGGACUCCAGAGAUUGUGGUCUCGGGGCACUUCGAUGGCGUCCAAGACCUGCUGUGGGAUUCAGAAGGAGAGUUUAUCAUCACUGUUGGUACUGACCAAACAACUCGACUUUUUGCUCCGUGGAGGAGAAAAGGCCAAUCACGGGUUACUUGGCAUGAAAUUGCCAGGCCACAAAUACAUGGGUAUGACCUGAAAUGUUUGGCGAUGAUUAGUCGGUUUCAGUUUGUAUCUGGAGCAGAUGAGAAAGUUCUUCGAGUGUUUUCUGCACCUCGGAAUUUUGUGGAAAAUUUUUGUGCCAUUACAGGCCAGUCACUGAGUCUUUUGCUUUGUAAUGAUGGUGAUCUUCCAGAAGGAGCCACUGUCCCUGCAUUGGGGUUAUCGAAUAAAGCUGUCUUUCAGGGAGACCUAGCUUCUCAGCCUUGUAAUGAAGAGGAGCUGUUAACAAGUCAUGGUUUCGAGUAUCAGCCAGUGGCCUUUCAGCCUUCCGUACUUACCGAGCCGCCCACCGAGGAUCAUCUUCUGCAGAAUACUUUAUGGCCUGAAGUUCAAAAACUAUAUGGACACGGUUAUGAAAUAUUUUGUGUUGCUUGUAGCAACUCAAAGACUCUGCUUGCCUCAGCAUGUAAGGCAGCGAAGAAAGAGCAUGCAGCUAUCAUUCUUUGGAACACUACAUCUUGGAAACAGGUGCAGAAUUUAGUUUUCCACAGUUUGACUGUCACACAGAUGGCCUUCUCACCCAAUGACAAGUUCUUACUAGCUGUUUCCCGAGAUCGAACGUGGUCACUGUGGAAAAGGCAGGACACAGUCUCUCCUGAGUUAGACCCCAUUUUCAGCCUCUUCGCCUUCACCAACAAGAUAACUGCUGUGCACAGUAGAAUUAUUUGGUCUUGUGAUUGGAGUCCUGAUAGCAAGUAUUUCUUCACUGGGAGUCGGGACAAAAAGGUGGUCGUCUGGGGUGAGUGUGACUCCAGUGAUGACUCCGUCGAGCACAGCAUCGGCCCCUGUUCGUCUGUCCUGGAUGUGGGUGGAGCAGUGACAGCUGUCCGUGUCUGCCCGGUGCUUAACCUUGCCCAACGAUACGUUGUUGCAAUAGGAUUAGAAAGUGGAAAGAUUUGUUUAUACACUUGGAAAAAAACCGAUCAAGUUCCAGAAAUAAAUGACUGGACCCACUGUGUAGAAACAAGUCAAAGCCAAAGUCAUACACUUGCUAUCAAAAAAUUAUGCUGGAAGAAUUGUAAUGGGAAAACUGAACAGAAUGGAACAGAAGGCGCUGAGUGGUUACACUUAGCAAGUUGUGGUGAAGAUCAUACCGUGAAGAUCCACAGAGUUAACAGAUGUGCGCUGUGAUGGACUUAGUAACUACAGGCAUGUAGAUAUUGGUGUCUUUAAGAUAUUUAUCGUGUAAAUAGAUGACUUUACCUCAGAAUUUCCUUGAUUUUCAUUUUUAAGCCCUACUGCAGUAGUACUGGGUCACAGACCCUUUGAUGUGAUGACAGCUGCAGACUUUUGUCACAGAUAUGCAUAUGCACACACCCUUGGAACCUUGCCCACACUUUCAGGGAUCCACACCUGCAUCCCUGUGUCCCAGAUUAAGAACCACGUUCUUUGUGACUGAAUUUCCCUAAUUUUGUGUUAUUUGGGGACUUUUCUUUUCAUAUGCCCGUCUUUGGGACAUUUCAUUGUUUAUUACCCUCUUCAAAGGGAGGAUAUAGAAAAUAAAAAGAUAGAAAACCCAGAUUAUUCCACUUUUAACAGUUUUUGUAAAUGAACAGGCCACGCUUUGUGUGGUCUUGACCCUUCCUUCCAGUACAUCCCAACCAUUUUAGGAAUUUGGCAGGCGGUUGGUUGUGAGUUUGAACUGCAGUGACUUCUUUUAUUCUUUAAAAGGACAUAGAUUCUUCUUUUAUGGUUUGACUUAAAGCAGAAUAUCCUGAUAUUUACACUGAUAGAUGUAGGGGCUAAAAAGUGGAGUUCUGUCAAAAACACAUGAAUUGAUGUGAAGUCACAUACAUGAGUCAUGAGAGAAAAGAGUGUCCCUGAGGGUAAAUGAGUAGUAGGAGCAGAGGGAAGAAGAAGAUGCUAGAAACAGAAUGUUGAGGUUGCCAGCUGAGGUUUGGGAGGUGGGCCAUGACAGCUGGGAGCCUGGGAGUUGGGCGGAGGGAGGGUAAGCCCAGGAGAGCAGUGCUGGGAAGACGGGCAUGAGAGAAGAGAUUUGCCCUGACCCAGUGUCCUCUGGCAGAUUGGCAGUGAAAUGAACAUUGUAUGUAAUAUACUGAGAAGAGGAAUGUGGGGAUCUUCCUGGUUGGCAUUUGCCAUUAUCUAACAUGACAUUUUGCUUCCAAAGGAGUGGUGAUAUUUUGUUUAAAUGGAGAUUUCUAGACCAGCAUUAUCCAGUAUUUCUAGCCCAACAGAAAUACAAUGUUAGGUAUAUAAGUAAUUUUCUGGUAGCUAUGUAAUAAAAAGAAGUGAAAUUUA